AGCUUCUCCGGAAGUGGGUGCCUGUUUCCGUUCCCGUUCCCGUUGCUGUCCCUGUGCCCGUGCCCGUGCCCGCGCCCGCGUCUGCGUAGCGACCGCCCGCCGGUUUCCGCCUGCCAGUCUGCGGGUGGAGGCGUGUGGGAGCGCGGGGCAAUUUCCAGCCGGCCUCGGACACACGCAGCGGUCCGGCCGAAACAACCCCGAAACUCGAGGAAGCGGAUCUGGUUCUUGUCGGCGACUCAGCGUGUGCGAACGGCAACUGAGAGCGCCGCCUGUGAAUGCCCGGCGCCCGACUGGGGUGGACGCAGAGGUCGGCAGAGUCGGCGCGCGCGCCGCGUGACGGACACUCGAGAUGACCGGCAGUAGCCAGCGGGCGGCCAGGGCUCGGGGUGGCCGACCGGUCGGGGAGAGCGCCUGCGACGGGGGCGGGGCCUGCCUCUUGAGCCGCCUGGUGCAGCUGCCGUCGCCACCGCUGUCGCGCGCCCAGCUGAAACGUCUGGAAGAGCACCGCUACAGCAGCGCCGGGCGCUCUUUGCUCGAACCCCUCAUGCAAGGCUACUGGGAGUGGCUGGUGGGCCGCGUGCCUGCCUGGAUCGCGCCCAACCUCAUCACCAUCGUGGGCCUGCUCACCAACAUCGCCACCACACUGGUGCUAGUCUACUACUGCCCCACCGCCACAGAGCAGGCUCCCCUGUGGGCGUACCUCGCCUGCGCCGUGGGCCUCUUCAUCUACCAGUCCCUGGACGCCAUCGAUGGCAAGCAGGCGCGGCGAACCAACAGCAGCACCCCGCUGGGAGAGCUCUUUGACCACGGCUGCGACUCGCUCUCCACAGUGUUCGUGGUGUUGGGCACCUGCAUCGCCGUGCAGCUGGGCACCCAUCCUGACUGGAUGUUCUUCUGCUGCUUUGCCGGAAUGUUCCUCUUCUACUGCGCUCACUGGCAGACCUACGUGUCGGGAACCCUGCGCUUCGGCAUGUUUGAUGCCACCGAGAUACAGAUCUGUGUAGCGUUGUUGCAGAUGCUCACGGCCACACUGGGGCCCGAACUCUGGAACCUCAUGAUUCCAGUCGUAAAGAUCCCUAUUAAAUUAGUUCCUGCCAUCUGCACUGUGGCGGGAGCCGUCUUCUCCUGCACCAACUACUUCCGGGUUAUAUUUACCGGGGGAGUCGGCAAAAAUGGAUCCACGAUCGCGGGAACCAGCGUGCUGUCACCGUUCUUCCACAUUGGCUCGGUGAUAACCCUCGCCAUCAUGAUCUACAAGAAGUCUGCAGUCCAGCUCUUCGAAAAGCACCCGUGUCUUUACAUCCUCGUAUUUGGCUUUGUGUCUGCCAAGAUCACCAACAAAUUGGUGGUGGCGCACAUGACGAAAAGCGAGAUGCAUCUCCAUGACGUGGCGUUUCUGGGGCCUGGACUGCUGUUCCUAAACCAGUACUUCAACAGCUUUGUGGACGAGUACCUGGUGCUCUGGAUCGCUCUGGUUCUGUCCGUCUUGGACCUGGUGCGCUACUGUGUCAGCGUCUGCAACCAGAUCGCCUCCCAUCUGCACAUCUUCGUGUUCAAGAUCAAGCCGCCGGCCGCCCUCACCGCCCAGCAAGGCCGCAACCACCAUUAGUGACUCUUGCGCGUUGUCUUGUUUCUUGUUUUGUUUUUCUGAGAAAAACAGAUGCAAUAUCUCCUGAGAGAAUGUAGAGCAGUAAAGGCUAUGAUGGGAACUGGAGAAUUGAGGAUUAAGUGGGAGUAUUUUAUGAAAUGAUGUUACACUUCCACCGUUGAUACACGUGUUGUGGUUGAAAGCAGUGCAAACAAGUUUUUGUCCCCCCCCCCCAUCUUCCUUCCUCUUUUUUUAAUGAGCUUACAGCAGUUGUCUGAUGUGUGGAAAAUGAAGAAUGGAAUAUUGCUGUUGCGAUGAUUUAUUUCUCUUGCUCUCUCACUCAGCGUAUUGGAACGAAUGUGUGCACAUGUACUUGCUGUACUGUAUUUUACAUGACUUGUUUGCUCUGUCCGCGGUGACUAGCAGCACACGGCUCAUACGUGACACCUUCACACGGCUGGACGUUCGCUACCUUAACCUCCAGACCACAUCUGGCAGUGAGUGUUUUACCUCAGACUUUGAAACUGCAGCUCUACGGUCAGUCGCGUCUCUCCUUUCUUCACCACAUUGUUGCCUAAUUUUCACCACUAAUUUGUUGUUAGUGUAGCUGUUUUGGGGUUUCUCUUUCACAGCAAUACCUUUUCUGUUAUAAAACAAGAAAUAUACAGUAUAUAUAUAUAUUCUAUGGAUUAUCAUCCAUUCAGAGUUUGAGUGAUGCAGUGCAGAGCUCUAAGCGUUGGAGGUGUGUGCCCUUCUUUGGCCGCGUUUCAGUCGGUGUGUGUGCGCCCUUUGUUAACCUCGUACUCCUGUGUAUUUUAGGAAGGAAAAACGAUUUAAUUCUGUCACCGCUGCUGAGAACUUUGACAGCGUUCCGCUUUGUUUCGGCGUCCGGCGACUCACCUUUCGUUCGUCGCACACGACGAGGCCUGCGCUGCGUUCGCGUCCCACUUCUGCCUUCUGCCUACCGUGCUCAGCCUACGUUAAAAUGCCACAUUUCUGACCAUUGCAGACACAACGAUAUUUCUUUGAAAAAUGCAUGAGUGAACUUGCGUCUUACCUCUUCGUGUUCAUGUACCUCUGUGGGUAACACAGUAACUUUUAGCCAGUCAGGGUGGCGACAGGAGUGUUUUUGCCAUCGGAUCAUUUGGUUUUUGGUGUGUGCGUGUGUGUGUGUGUGUGUGUCUCUAACUGCUCUUAGAGAACCGCUCGUAGACGAAGGAACGCAGGCUGUCGGUGGUGCAAGUGUGCGCUGAUACCUUCACGGCACUGAUGACAGUGAUUAAAAUUGCGUUGUAAAUUGUUUUAAUGACUUGAACAUGUUUUAUGUAUGGCUUUCGUUUCAUUUAGUCUCCUUGCUCUCUUUCACAGAGUGUCGCGCCCUGCAGCUCGUGACACGGGACACAUAUCGUGUCUCUCGCUGCCGAGUCCUAUGUUACUUGACUGGCGCCGUUUCUCCUCAAUUCAGCAUUUUGCGCCUUGCGAUGGGCCUUCAGCUCCAUCCGGACCUUUUACACCUUUCUUUGUGUUGUGUUGCGCGGCGCUCUGUGUCUGAGCUCGAGCGAUUGGUACCUUUCUGCCUGCGUGCGGGAUCCGCAGCGAGUAUUUCCCUGGGCUCCUUACACUUCAUAGCAGAAUGUAGCGGUGGCCUAACAGUAACCGUAACCUCAACCUCCACAAGCCUCUGUUCUCCAAGGACCAGCUCCUACUCCAAGGAAGUUUGUCCGUGGUUCUCAAAGGAAGCCAUUUUUACUCGUUUUACUCCUGAAUGUCCCGUGGGAGCAGUGCUGGACGUCCCUGUCGCUUCGCUUCGACUGCACGGCAACUUUCAGCCUCAUAAUUCAUAUGUAGGAAGUGAUCUUCCUUUGGAAAAAAUGUAGAAAUAGUCUGUUUCUCACUCUAUAAAGUGGAUUAUAUGUUCUUUUUUUGAGUUACAUCUCACGCUGUCAGCACAAAGAGAGGUUUUCUGCUGCUCGCACUGAGGUUGGGGGAUCUGGCCAUUCGCUAUAACGUCAAACUGAGCCUCCUCUUCCGAGUGUGACCUGGGCAUUCGACUCGUACCUGACAGCAGUGUGUCCUCACCAGGUGCAUACCAGCCCCCCACCCCCGUGCUGCCACCUUAUUUCAGCCUGCUCGGAGAGUGCAGUGCAUUAAUGGUGUGCUGCUCUGCUUGGGUAGCUGUGGAAUGCGCUCCUUCUCUGUCCUCGACAGUUAUGGACGAGGCUGCGAAACACAAAACGCUGUUGUCAUGAGUGCAAAACACACCAAACGUGUGAAAACAAGUUUUUACGGGCAUCGAGGGAGAGAUCGAAGAGAUGCGAAGGAACGCACGUCAGUCUCGACAGUCUCAAAGGCAUGAGCGCAAAUGCAAAAGCGAAAUAUGGAAGGGUUUGUAGUUGUGUGUUGGGUCGCGUUGCCUACUAAAAUCUGGGUACGUUCCAACUUUAGUGUCAUUUCGUAAUUCUUAAACGAGUCGCCGGCAACUGCCUUAAGUCUUGAAAGCUUUGUUUCCUUUCUCUUGUUUUUCCUCGUUUCAUGCAAAGUGUCCCUGUGGUAAGAAGCGCGUGGCGUCUCUCAUCUCCGCUGUAGCAGAACCGUCAGUCUCAGGUUUACCAUGUUAUUAGUGCAAAUGUACCAAGGUCAGUAUCUCCCGGCCCACGCCCCAAACUGUCCAUCUGACCCAAGGAAUGCUGCUAACCGAACCUCCAUCCGCUUCCUCGCCCCUUCGUCAUCUCUCUGGACACGUGAAUUUGCACCAGUUCGUUUUGUCCUUUGACUUCCUUGAGUUGGUGGAAAAAGCUGAUCGUGGACGUGGUGUCUCUAGUUUGCGAGGUGCAAGUGGGACUGAAAAUGCAUGUAACAUGAUUUUUAUUUUUUUUUAUCCUAAACCAACAGCGAUGUGUGUCUUGUUUUAUUGCCAGAUGUUGUGUAAUUAAUCUUGUAUAAAGUUAAAAAUACAGCUACCACCUGUAACUUUUCAGUCUGAGCGCAAGUCGUGUUUGUCUGUAAACGCCGGCAUGCAAGUUUUCAGGUGCACCUCCGCUCCGGUGUGUGUGUGUGUGUGUGUGUGUGUGUGUGUGUGUGGGGUUCUUCUGCUUGAAUUUGUUUUCCAAGCUCACGGAACACGAACGUGAUUUUAAAGUGUAUCCUGUUGUGUCUCGAUUGUAUGUCGGCUACAGUGUUGUACAAACGAAUGGAAACGACAGAAGCCAAGAGCACUGGGCUGGGUGCACAGUACCACGGUACGCAGUACACACUGCCUUUAGCUACGUAUUUAAACACAACCAAAGUCCUGACUUUUCAAUAGGGUUUCUCACUGGAAAGUACAGUCUGGUCUAAGUUCACUGAACAUGUUAAACAUUUUCUUUCUCCUCUUUGCUCUAAUAAAAUAGUAAUAUUUUUUAAAGUGCUGGCCGAGGUCAUUGGUGUUUUAGAUAGGCGUGUUCCUUCUGUCUGGUUUGUCCAAAUAAAAGGAGUAAAAAUUCACUUAUUUUGCCUUUUUCCACUCC